AUGCCCGGCGCGACGCUGACGGACACGCGUCCAUCGAUGGACGGCUUGCUCCACGGCGUCGCCAACGGCGGUGCUGGCGACCGCCCCGUGGCGACGUUUGCGACCUUCGAGGUUUCGCAAAAGUCUCUCGCGGUGCAGACGACCGCCGCGAUACAGCGAGUGAGAUCACCGGCGACGGCGCUUCACCAGAGAAGGAGUGACUGCUUCGUGUGCGUUGUGUGUUCUACGUGUCCCAAUUCCCCUACCCUCGCCCUGCAUGCACCUGACAGAGAAGCGGAAGAGGAGGACGAGGAAGAAGAUGAGAUGGAUGACGAGGACGAUGACGUGGACGAAGCGGAAGAGGAGGACGAGGAAGAUGAGAUGGAUGACGAGGACGAUGACGUGGACGGUGAGGAUGAUGACGUGGACGGAGAGGAGGAGGAGGAAAAAUCUGGGUGUGGGGAUGAGAAGCCCAAGGCAGGCAGUGCUGCUGCUGCUGCUGUGUCGAGUGGUCUGAUCGCUGAAAUGCUGCACCGCUUCGCACAGGAGGAGGAGGAGGAAGGCGAUGAGGAGGAGGAUGAUGAGCUUAUCGUGCUUGAAUGCUCCCCUCCUGCUGCUGCUGCAGAAGGAGGGCCAGCAGGAGGGGCAGCAGGAGGGGCAGCAGGAGGGGCAGCAGGAGGGGCAGCAGGAGGGGCAGCAGGAGGGGCAGCAGGAGGGGCAGCAGGAGGGGCAGCAGGAGGGGCAGUAGGAGGGACAGGAUAUGAGGAGACAAGGGAGGAGAGGAUGAACGGGGAGAAAAGGGAGGAGAUAGAUAAGGGGGAGAAGGGGGAGAAGGGGAAGUGGGGCAGUGCAGUGAAGGAGUCAGGGGACAAGCAGGGCACGAGGGGAGAGGGCGGAGGCACGGGCAGGCCUGGGAGCAGCGAGCGAGAGAGGGUGUGUGGGAAAGCGCAGGUGGGAGGUUCAGGGACAGAAGUGGACACUAGUGGUGGUGGUGGUGCUUUGAGGGAGGCAGCUGUGGGGGUGUCAGCUGGGAGAGGGGCGGCGGAGGGAGAGAGUGAAGGGGGCGGCAGGGCGAGGGGAGAAAAGAGAGGAGGGGGCAGGCAAAGCAGGGGCGGUGAUGUCAGGGCAGAAAACAGAUGGGGGCGGUGA